AUGGGCGCCACGGCAUCAAAGCCAGCUCGCUCAGCAGCCAGCGCAGCUUCCCGUCGCCAAUAUCCAAAGACAGCUUCACCGGGGACAACGAAAGCGACACCGACACCGAUCAAACAAGCUCCGCCACAUCAAGAAGCAGGCCCAACAUAUCAUUCCAAAGAGCAAGCUUCAGCUACACGCUCAGAGGCAAUCGACCUCGACGCUCGCGAUCCUCACUUUGCCGCCUCACUACGCUCCAUCGGCCCCGUAACACCAAACCCUACAUUCUCCCAUUCAAGCACAUUCAACCAGACCCGCACAUUCCCUCAAUUCCAACCUCAAUCAAUACCGCAAAGCGCCGACGGCAGCGGCGGAGUAACGCCAUCCGUCUUCCCAGACGCAAACAACAACCCCGCCCUCUUGGUGCUCUCAUCUCGAAGCCGAAUCACAAAAGCCGCCGAACAGGAACUCGAGUCCUUUGGACGACCGAGUCAUCCCGGACGCGAGUACCUGGAUGCCAUGACCAUACGGCAGGUGCUGAGCAUGCGUGAUAGACAGAAACUUCAGGACGCGGAUAUUGAGCGGACGCUGAGGUUGAAGAAGGGCGUUGUUGGGAGAUUGGGGGAGAAGGGGAUAGUUAGCGAGGCUUUUUAA